UUUUUGCCUAGCCAACUGACCUGCACAUCUCGUGCUGAACGGAGGUACGUCCUGCGCACACUACUUGGCCUCAUUGAAGUGAACCUGCUCUGUCGACCGCUGGCCCAUCUUGAUGCCACUGAUCCGGAUCAGCAUACAUUCCUCCCCACAGAGCUGCUCACUCUCAAAGCCAGCCUGCGCUAUUGCCAGGAUCCACACGCACUUCCCGCCGUCAGUCAGAUUGCUGCAUUUCUAGAGAAGAGGCUUCAGUCUACGGGACUUCAGCGUCUCCUAGUCGGAAAAACCCUUGAAGACGUUCAGGAUCCCUACGUGACGCUGGCCUGCUCGGUGCGAGCUGUUUGGCUGCAGGGUCAUGACGUCUCGGUGUCCUUCGACUACGACGAUCCCCAUCACACGGCCGCUGUCUCCCUGCCACGGUCGGACGAGACGUCCUUCUCAUCGAAGGAUGAAUCAAUCCUCCCGGGACGUGUCUUCUGGCGUUCUUCAGCCUCCUUCUACGAAGCAGCCCUUCGGUUGGCAGAUUUGCUG